UUUCCCCACUAAAACUCGAAUCGAUCCAAUCAAAUUUUUUAAAACAACUUCCUUUUCUGCCAUUUUUUUUACACAGGAAGCCCUCCAGCGGCCAUUUUAGGUGCAUUUUCUUGUGGAGUCCUCACUUGCUAUUUGGAUAGCCAAGGUGUAGGAGGUGUUUUGGCAGUGUCCAGAUAUCAGGCCGUCCUUUGCCAAAAAAUGGCCCAGCGAAGGAGGAAUGAGGAGGACUUUGAUGAGGAAGACUUUGAUGUGGAGGAGCUUGAAGAGGAAGGAGACUACACAUCCAGCUCUGAGGAGUUCUAUGAAGCCCCGCCACAAAGAUCGUGGAAUGGGUCUCACAGGGACCAGGAAAGGGAUGAGGCUGCUCAGCAACCCCAGGAAAAUGGUGAGGCUGAUGAUGGAGCCCCGGAAGCUCAAGGUCAUGCUGCUGCUCCCGCUGCUCCUGCUGCAGCUAUUAGGGGACAACCACAGGAGGAAGGGCGGCAACUGGGUGAGAGACCUGCGGUGCGACUGGGGGUCGUUAACUCAGUGAUGACUGCCAUGCAGCCAAUAUUUCGGCGGCAGCGCCGACAGGCUCUCUGUAUGAGACGGUGGAUGGCCCAAAUGCAUUUUGAGAUGUGUGAGAUCAGAUUCGACAUCCAUCGUGGAUUCCAAGACCUGUUGGCAGCCCAGCCUCACCAACCAGAGGGCUCUGCUGAGGGUCAAGUCCCUGGUCCAUCUGCUGUUGCUUCUCCACACGCUGAAGCUCCUCAACAUCGGAGAGCAAGUGGGCGUGGAAGGGAACAAGGUCCUGUCCGAGGGGACAAACGUAAACGUUCAUAGAUCCAGUCUGUGUCUGGCACUUUCCAAGCUACAGUGGCCUAAUCAUGCUUCAGGUAUGAUUUUGACUAUUACCCAGCAAUGGGACUGACUCCCAAACAACAUGUCCCAUCAGGACCAGACUGGGAGAAGAAAGCAGCCC